AUGCUCGUCCGUGCGUCCCUUUGCUGUUCCGCCGCACUUUUGUCCUCUCUAGUUGCCGCCCGCCCCAGGAAUCCAAAUCCCAAGCGAGGCAUAGGUUACUCCGGAACAAUACCAGGGGACAUUAUCAAUGCGAACCAGUCGGAUAGCCUGAUUUCCUGGCAGUACAACUGGGGGGAUUUGCCUCCCGCCUAUCUUGCAACGUCCAAUAUCAAGUACAUCCCGAUGCAGUGGGGUUCCGUGGGCAUUGACAAUUUUGCUGAAGAUGUCAAGAUGCAAGACGCGGAUACGAUCCUUGCGUUCAACGAGCCAGACUAUGUGAACGAGGCCAACAUGGAUCCUGUGGAGGCAGCGCAUCUUUGGAUACAAUACAUCGAGCCUCUCAAAUCCCUCGGAAUCCGCCUGGGUGGACCUGCUGUUACAGCUUCACCAACCGGCCGCCCGUGGUUAAUCUCCUUCCUCGAGGCCUGUCGGAACUGCACCAUCGAUUUCCUUCCCUUACACUGGUACGGCACUGGGGUCGAAGGGUUUUACGGAUACAUCUGGGACGUUCACAACACUUUUUCUCGAUACCCAAUCUGGAUCACGGAAUAUGCUGAUACGUCAACAAAUGACACUGAAGUUCUCAAUUUUCUCAAUCAAACGGUUACUUAUCUUGACACCUUGGAUUGGAUUGAACGCUAUGCAUGGUUCGGCUAUUUCCGCCCUCGCCCAGAUGCUCACUACAAUCUGCUUAGGGAGGAUGGAGGAUUGAAUGCCUUGGGGGAACUUUAUAUCGGCGCCAAAACUGUUCAUACGCAAAACGUCACGGAACCACCGAGCACUUUAAGGACAGUGAACGGUGCUGACAAUCCGACACAAGCUCCUGCCUCGACCUGGGCGCCAUACCCAAGCUCUGCACCUUCCCUCGGUGGCUGGAAGUUGCAACUAAUCAUUGCUGCUAUGACGCUACUCAGUUGUUACCUCGGAGUCCUUUCGGUAACCUUGUAG